UAUUAUGGGUGUUUGUGUGACGACUACCUUGGCUAUGGAAAUAAGCCCGACUAGUGGUUCCGGAAGUGGGCCGGGUGGGGGUGACUCGCGGCGGAGUGGUGACGUCACGCCGCAUGCGCAACCCCAACGCAGGCUUAUUAAAGUCGACUUUGACAAUCUCGAGGAUGAUGAGGAUGAAGACGACACAGAAACUUGUGCUAGUCCAGAAGUGUGUGCGCCUCAACCCUUCCCAAGGCAUACGGCGCCUCAACAAACCACGCCUAAACCAUGGAAGAGAACCGAGGAGACGCCGCCCCGAGCGCCACCAAGGACCAGGAUCUCACACGACGAGUACCACCAGUUCUGCGACCAGACCCUCGAAUCAUACGACCUGGCCACACAGUGUCCAUCGCGGAGAGCCUCCAUGCGACGGCAUACUGUCACCCACCCCACGUGUCCACCCACCGAUGGCGCUCAUUCAUUGCCACAUUCCAGGCCUGGUUCCCGCGCGUCCUGCGCCGGCGCAGCUUCGCUGGCGAGCAGCGACGCGGACGCACAGCUCGGGGAGCUGUCCUGGUCUCGGAGUUCGCUGCAAGACGAACUCAUCAAGUCGGUUAGUGGUUGCCCUAACCACGCUUCGCAUAAACAAUGGCAGGAUGCCAUAAUGUCAGAUGAUCGGCUGUCUCUCACCCUGGAGGAGAUCGUACAUAUCAGGUCUGUCCUGACGAAGGCAGAGUUAGAAGUACUCCCAGUAGAGGGCAGAGUAAAAGAAGAUGUUGAGAAAAGAAGAGUUUGCUUCCUAUGUUUGAAAACUAGAUUUGGUAUAUUCGGCCCAUGGGGGCAGAAGUGCAAGUUGUGCAAAAAGACUGUCUGUCAAAAGUGUUGUUCAAAGAUGCGGAUUCCGACGGAGCACUUCGCACACGUGCCGGUGGUGCUGCUGAGUCCGUCGCUGCUGCCGUCGCCGGACGACGAGCCGCACUCCUCCUUCCCCAGGAGUCUCAUGGCCAGGCUCGUUUCGCCCGAACACGCCAGCAUGGUAGAGAACAGCGUGGGCAGCGCGCCGAGCAGCCCGGCCGCAGCGCGGCGCGGCGCUGCCGGUGCGGGGGGCGCAGCCCGGAGUGCGCCGGGCUCCCGCGGGGGCUCCGCGCUGGGCUUCAGCGAGCUGUCGGUGCCGCCGGCCGCCAUGUCGCGCAGCGUGGACGGGCCCGACUCCAUGCCCGCAUUCGGGCCGCUCGCCACUCCGCCUGCCACGCUCGACCGCAGGGCUCGGUACGGGCGCGUGGCAUCGACGGCGGCGGAACGUCUACGCGGCGUACAAAUGGCGGUAUGCCACGACUGCAAGGCCAUGGUGCUGCAAAUCAUCAAGUCAUCCCGCGCCUCUCGCUCAGCAUCCAGAGACCGCGCCCUCCGCCAUCUCACGCUCGACCUCGCGCCCGUCUACACCGCCGACUGCUAGACGCCCGGACAAUAAAACCAUAGACAAAGCCUGCGCAGUCACGGCUUUUAGAAGUAAAAUUCUUACUGCGCAGGUCACGUGGUAUCAAAAUUGUACUCACCGCUACAGUUUGCGGCAAACUACUUGGACCUAAGAAUGAUAAGUAAAGCAAUAGAAAUAAGACUUAAAUAGCAAUUGAACUUAAUAUAUUUGUCACUUUUUAACUUAUGGAGUAACUAUUAUGUUAGAAGAGAUCGAAAAUAUAAUUAGCAAUUCGAAAUUACGAAAGUUGUUAUUUUUACACUAAGCAAAGAAGAAAUAUUGUUUAAUUGCUAUUUUUGACUGGUUUCUAUUGCAUUAGUUAUUCUUCAUAGACGAAGCUUGCGUGACGAUUUACUACGUAUAAUUCUUACUGCGCAGGUAGUAUCAAAAUGCUCAAGUUGUUUGCCGGUGCAAGAGGAAGAGCGACGAACUGUCACCUUGAUAUUAAGCAGAAUCAUCUACAUUGCACCAAAUUAA